AUUAAAUUAAACUAAAUUGUGACGGAAAAAGGAAAUAAUAAUGGAUCGCUACGGAAGGGAACGUUCUCCGCAUAGGGAAAGAAAGAGGGAACGCUCGCCGUAUAGGGAAAGAAGAAGAGAGCGCUCACCCCAAAGGGAAAACAGGCGAGACAGCAGCAAUGUUCUGACCUACAAGAAACUCAAGAAAAUGCCGCUGAAUCUGCGGAAGAAAGCGGUACGAGAGGCCCGUAAUCGCCAUGAGACGAUCUCGGGGAAGCGACUGAAGCGGAAGAGGAAUCCCCAGGAUGUCCCCACUGCCCGCCGCCUCCGAAACGACUUCGAUCGAUCCGAGCACAACGCCAUGCUGGCCAGCACUUCGCAGGAACUACGACGCAUCCUGCAGGACUUCGAGACUCUCUCGGACAUUCCCCACGAUAUAACACCCAUUGAGCUUCAGGGGGAGAUAGCCAUCGCAGAGGGACAGGCCACAACUAUCCAUGUACAGCGGGAUGGACUCAGCACUCUCAACGUGGUGCUCCACCAGCGCGAGCCGACGAUCGCACAGCUGAAGAGGGCAAUUGCUUUGAUCUCGCGCGCCCAGCACAAGCGCAGGCAACGCGAGCGGUACGAAGAGCGUCUUCGGCGUCGGGGAAUCGCCGACGACUCCGACGAUCGACGGCAGCGCCAACCAGUUGUGGUGGCCAGCUCCACCGGCGAGUUAGUUCACUCCGCUCAGCGCAACGGGCAUGAUCAUCGCGCGUUCGUCUCGUGGCGAUUUCUAUGGCGCUGUUUUGGACUGCUCAACGUGGACACCAAUCAGCCCAUCGACGACCGACGCUCUGGCGGCAGGGCCACCCUAAAGGAGCUGGGCAUUGAGAACGCCGCCACCCUAAAGUUUGUCCAUCGCGUCAAGUACUUCGGGCGCCAGCGACAGAGCUAAAGUCAAUCAAAACCAAAUGAUAGUGUCCCCAAAGAGU